CAGAAUAAGACAGGUCUGCUGGUGAGAGGCAGCAGCGAGCUAAUGUGUGUAAAAAAAAUACUAAAAUGUGACUUUAUUUAACGCCAUGGUAGCUUCAUAGCAAUCCGGACAUGGCUCAACUGUCUAAAGAAACACCACAACAGCCGGAGAGCGACUAAUGCCUGUCACACCUCCUCAAGAGCAGAUCCUGGGCAGUUGAGAGGGUCUUGGUAGACCUGGACCAAAAGCUCUGUUUCCCACCUGAGAUCACCUCCACCAACCUGUGACCAGACCUGGUGCUAUGGUCAGCUUUACUUAGGCACGUUUAUAUCACCAAACUCAGUGCAGGAGGCUUAUGAACGCAAGAAGUUGAGGUGUAUGGAGCUUGCUGUCGAUGCCAAACAUCGAGGCUGGAAGGUGAGGUUCCGACCAAUGCAAGUAGGCUGCAGAAGUUCGUAGUCACCUCAACAUCCAGGCUUCUCUGAGAGAUAGGAGCAAGUGUGAAGGACCUCUCCAGAGCUGCUGAAAAGGGAAGUCAGUGGCUGUGGAUAAAGAACAAGGACUCCACCUGGACCCUCGAGUGAGCAGAUGGCAUCUAGAACAUGAACCUGGGACGCUGGGAUUCACUGCUGAACCCUCUGGAGGUGUCGUGGGCCGAUCAGCGAAACACCAUUUGAUAACCCAAAGGAUGCCCUCAUUCACUGGACCAACCCACAGAGGCUUAAAUAUCCAGCCUUAAUCCUCCCCAGCUCGCCUUGUAGCCGAGGAGUCCAGAACAAGAUGCUGCUGAAGAUGCCUCAGAAGCUGCUGAAAACUGCCCACUACAUAGAGCUGGGCAGCUACCAGCACUGGCCGGUGUUGAUACCCCAGAGGAUACGACUGUACACGUAUGAACAAAUCCCCCUCUUCCUCAAAGAAAACCCGUACAUCACAGACGGCUACAGAGCUCACCUGCCCUCCAAGCUCUGCCUGAAGAGUAUUUUUAUGCUGUCCAAUGAGACGGUGAAUAUCUGGAGCCACCUUUUAGGUUUCCUGCUUUUCUUCUCGUUGGGGGUCAACGACGUCUCCACGGUGCUGCCGGCUUCUGGAGCCAACAGAGAGGACUACGUCAUCUACGCCAUCGGCCUCUUCUGCUUCCAGGUGUGCAUGCUGUGUUCGGUGGGGUAUCAUCUGUUCUCCUGCCACCGGUCAGAGAAAACCUCCCGUCGCUGGCUGGCGUUGGACUACGCCGGCAUUUCAGUGGGGAUCCUGGGCUGCUACGUACCGGGGAUCUUCUACGCUUUCUACUGCAACGCUUUCUGGCGACAGGUCUACCUGCUGACCGUCCUGUCCCUCAUCCUGGCCGUCUUCUGUGCUCAGGUCCACCCUCGUUACCUCAGUAACGACUGGCGGCGAAUACGGAUGACGAUCUUCUGCUGCGUGGCAGGAAUCAGUGUGGUUCCUGCCUGCCACUGGGUCUGGCUCAACGGAGGAUUCACCACUGAUGUCGUACAGCUGUUCCUGCCUCGUGUGAUCGUGAUGUACCUGAUAGCUGGAUCCGCCUUCCUGUUCUACGUCACCAAAAUCCCUGAGCGCUAUUUCCCCGGCCAGCUGAACUACCUGGGUGCCAGCCACCAGCUGUGGCACGUCCUGGUGGUGGUGAUGUUCUACUGGUGGCAUCAGACCGCCGUGCACAUCAUGCACUUCAGACACAGCAAGGCCUGUCCACCCCGGAGCAGCAGCUAAGGGAUGCUCAUCACAUCACAUCCCGAUGAGGCGCUUAUCUGGAGGCUAAUUAACAGCGUUGACAUGAACAGCAUGGAGUCGUUAAACUGUAAGAGGCUUCUGAUGACGAGCUGCUAAAACAUAAAACUGACAGAGACUUGUCGUUCUCUGCUGUUUUUAAUUUCCCAUCAGCAGCUCACAGCCUGAACUGUUAAAGUCAAAGAUGUUGGAGAACAAGUCCAGAAAAAACUGGACCUUUUGCAUCAUUAGAUUAAUGCAUGAACAAAUCAUUUUUUAAUUAAUUUGUCAGAACAAACAAGCUGUGGUGUUUUCAGUGAUGAACACGGUGGGCUAAGGUUGUUUUUUUGUACAGAACUACUUCUCAGCCGACACCAACGACGACUUUCUGCCUGUAUUUGUUUAACUGUCGGUUCCUCUGAGGUUUUAUGAAAAAUGUCUUCAUAAAAAAAAGUAGGAAUGACAGAAAAAUCAUAGCAAAAAAAAAAAAAAUCACAGCAACUGGAACUUCAGCUUUUGGACGCAGAAUUAGAAACGGUUUCUGAUGCUGCCAGUAUUUGAAGUUCUUGAACAAAUCAUAUUGAUCAAUCAGUGAUUUAUCUGCAGCAUCAAAAGUGCAGAUGUAAGAAAAAAAAACGGUGUGAUGAAUCUAUUUAAGCUGCAGUGUGAUAUUUUAUCAGCACCUUCUGGGUUAUCUGUCUGUUUAACUUCUUGUUUUGUCUUUGGAACACAUUUGAUGGCGGGGAAAGGGGAAAAAAAACACUUUACAGACGCGUUAAAUCACUCCUCUCAUAUCAGAAUAAACCCAAAGCUGCAGAUUUAAUCAGGAUGCUGAACGAUCCUCCUUCACUGUAGCUGGAAGUUUAUCAUUUAUUCACUCCUCACUCUGUCUUCUAACAUAAUCUGAGGUUCUAAUUUUAUUCUGCAGGUUUAUCUAAGACAAACAGUGUGAUUAGAGAGAAUGUUUACUUAAAUUUGAGCGCACACAGUUUACAUUCUGGUCAGUAGAAAUGAGCUGAAUGACCUCAACAGUAAAGCUGGGUUUGUACUGUAGAGGACGGCUUCAUUUAAACCACAGUACUUCAUAUUUUCUUAUUUAUCUCUGCUGGUAUUUGCGUAUUUUUCAUAUUUUGUGCCCUGAAAGAAUGCAGCUGAAUGCAUUUUUGUUUUUAUGGUUAACAUGCUGAUAAUAUUCAAUCAGUUUUGGGGAUUAUUUCUUUUAAGAAGGAGCCAGUGUUGAAUCUUUUAGCUGCCUUUAAACUGUUGUUUUCCUUCAGCACACUCGGGACAAUGACGUAUUUUAAUGUUUAUGUGUACAGUUAUUUUCAUUUGCCUUAUUUUCUCUGAGUAUUUGUACUGUAUUCUCAUUUACUGUAACAACCGGUUGAUGAACCAGAUGACGACACCAUGAGGCCAGUAUGGUUUUCCUUUUUAUAUCCUGCAGUGUUUUGUUGAGAAUUAAAUACGAUUUGUCUGAAAGCACAAAACGCUGCUGGCUGCAGCACUUUAAUAAAAAAAAAAGUGACUUUAUUUUGCCAUGAACUGCUCGAUGUCAUGAUUGCUUUGUGUUUUUGUGUCUUCCUUCAGUGUCGUUCGUAUGAUAAAGCACUGAUUUAUGGGCUGUAUUAUUUCAGUGCCUCUGUCAAAAAUCUAUUUUUUAACCUUUUGAAUGAAUAAAGAAUGCUGGAAAAUCUGA